UAGGAUGUAUAGAGAGUUGACUCUAGUGUUGCUACUGUAUACAUUCCAAGUUCACCAAGGCAGUUGUAGCUCACUAGAUAUAGGAUGUAUAGAGAGUUGACUCUAGUGUUGUUACUGGUAGGACUUGUGUCCUCCCAAACCUGCUCCCAGGAACUGGACGCUGAGGUCAUCAUCAUAGGAGCGGGAAUGGCAGGUGUAUCAGCUGCAAAACGUUUGGACGAACUCGAUAUAAAGAACGUUCUUAUUCUUGAAGGAAGCUCAAGAGUUGGUGGUCGGGUUACUAGUACUGAGUUUGCUGGAGUGAGGGUUUCACUGGGAGCUACCUGGAUACAAGGAAUAGACCCAGCUUCACCAGAACUACAUCCUCUCUAUCGUCUAGCACAAGAGUGUCUGCAAGGUGGUAUCCGUGGAUUCUACAGUGACUACGAUUCUUCAACUAACUACAACGAACAAGGACAAGCGAACGAACAAGAACUACGUUACGAUGAUUACUAUAAUGCUCUGGCAGCAGUAGAGGAAUUGGAAAGCGAGUGUGUGAGUCUCCGACAAGCAUUGAACGAGAGUGGCUGGACUCCGGCUAAUGCUGCAGAUAACUGGGUCGAGUGGUUUAGCGUUGAUUUCUGUGACGGAGAAGCACCGGAAGAUUUAUCUAUACUAUCUACACUGGGUACGACUUACACUGGUUUUGCAGCACCAGACUCAGAAGGUGGGGAUUAUUUUAUAACAGAUCCAAACGGAUAUGAGACGAUUAUCGAAUGCUUAGCUAAUGAAGUAGUUGCAAACGGACAAGGACAACUAGUUUUGAAUGCUUUUGUUACAACUAUUGAUUGGAGCAACGAUGAUUGUGUUUGCAUGUCUGUCAAUGUUAGUGGAGCUAUCAACCAGUACUGUAGCAGGUACGCCAUAUCAACAGUUAGCACAGGAGUACUACAAUCAGAGUCCAUCCAAUUCAAUCCUGAGCUACCGGAAUGGAAAAAAGAAGCUAUACAAAAAUUUGUCUUGACCAGAUACGUCCAUAUUUUUAUGGAAUUCAGUGAAGUGUUCUGGAAUACAACUGAAAUAAUCAGAUACAUUGCUAACGAGAGAGGCUACUACCCUGUGUUUUUCAACUUGAAUCUGAUCUAUCCUGAAAAUCCAAAAAUUCUAAUGGCAGUAGUUACUGGAGAAGAAGUGGACAGAAUACACUCUCAAACAGAAACUGAAACCAUAGCAGAAAUUGAGCAAAUCCUCAGCAAAAUCUAUCCCAACAGCAACACCACUGUGGUCGAUUGGAUCAUACCCAAUUGGAUAGCUAAUCCUUUAUUUAGAGGGACAUUCACAUAUCUACCCACUGACGUUAAAAGUGAAGAUUUCGAAUUGCUAGCAGCCCCGGUGGGAAAUCUUCAUUUCAGUGGAGAAGCCACUUCUGCUAACUUCAGUGGAUUUGUUCAUGGCUCCAAACAAAUUGAGAUGUAUAGAGAGUUGACUCUAGUGUUAAUGUUGCUACUGAUAGGACUUGUGUCCUCCCAAACCUGCCCCCAGGAACUGGACGCUGAGGUUAUCAUCAUAGGAGCCGGAAUGGCAGGUGUAUCAGCUGCAAAACGCUUGGAUGAACUCGAUAUAAAGAACGUUCUUAUUCUUGAAGGUAGCUCAAACGUUGGUGGUAGGGUAACUAGUGCUAAGUUUGCUGGAGUGAGGGUUUCACUGGGAGCUACCUGGAUAGAAGGAAUAGACCCAGCUUCACCAGAACUACAUCCUCUCUAUCGUCUAGCACAAGAGUGUCUGCAAGGUGGUAUCCGUGGAUUCUACAGUGACUACGAUUCGUCAACUAACUACAACGAACAAGGACAAGCGGACAAACAAGAGCUACGUUACGAUGAUUACUAUAAUGCUCUGGCAGCAGUAAAGGAACUGCAAAGUGACAGUGUGAGUUUCCGACAAGCAUUGAGCGAGAGUGGCUGGACUCCGACUAGUGCUGCAGAUAACUGGGUCGAGUGGUUUAAUGCUGACUUCGAUGCAGGAGAAGCACCCGAAGAUGUGUCUAUCCUACAUUUUACAAUGGGUAGGACUUCCACUGCUUUUGCAGCACCAGGCACAAAAGGUGAAGAUUAUUAUAUAACAGAUCCAAACGGAUAUGAGACAAUUAUCGAAUGCUUAACUGAUGAAGUACGUGCUAACGGACAAGGACAACUAGUUUUUAAUGCUGUUGUUACAACUAUUGAUUGGAGCAACGAUGAUUGUGUUUGCAUGUCUGCCAAUGUUAGUGGAACUAUCAACCAAUACUGUAGCAGGUACACCAUAUCAACAGUUAGCGCAGGAGUACUACAAUCAGAGGAGUCCAUCCAAUUCAACCCUGAGCUACCAAAAUGGAAGAAAGAAGCUUUACAAAAAAUUGAAAUGGGCAGGUACAUUCACAUCAUUAUGGAAUUCAGUGAAGUGUUCUGGAAUACAACUGAAGUAAUCGGAUACAUUACUAACGAGAGAGGCUACUACCCUGUGUUUUUCAAUUUGAAUCUGAUCUAUCCUGAAAAUCCAAAAAUUCUCAUAGCAGUAAUUGCUGGAGAAGAAGUGGACAGGAUACACUCACGGGCAGAAGCUGAAACCAUAGCAGAAAUUGAGCAAAUCCUCAGCAAAAUCUAUCCCAACAGCAACACCACUGUGGUCGAUUGGAUCAUACCCAAUUGGAUAGCUAAUCCUUUAUUUAGAGGGGCCUACACAUAUCUACCCACUGACUUUAAAAGUGAAGAUUUCAAAUUGCUAGCAGCCCCGCUGGGAAAUCUCUAUUUCAGUGGAGAAGCCACUUCUGCUAACUUCAGUGGAUUUGUUCAUGGGGCCUACUUUUCUGGGAUUGAUACAGCAGAGCUAAUCGCUAGUCAAACGAGUAUUACAAGCUGGGCUGUAUUUUUGCUUAUGUUAUGCUUUUGCUCAAAAAGUAUUAGAGUGUUAUAGUAGUCAAGUUUGCAAAGAAAGUGUAUAUAAUUAUCUAUCUAUAUAACUGAGAAGAAAAGACAUAUGUACAUUCAUA